AUGAACAACGAGUGGUACUCGCAGUGCGAACCUGAGGCAGCAGCGGAAGCUCCAGCUCCCUCGCCCGGCGCGGUAGAGGCCAAAGACGAGAAGCAGACGCAGCCGCCCCCGGAAAAGACCAUGGGGCCACUGCCUUCACGGCCAAAGCAGCCCGCACCAAAGACCUACGAGACUCUGAAUCCCGUCAUCGCCCGCGGGAACUUCCUGUAUGACUCUGUCACUGGAGACCGGUUCUUCGCCAAGGGCGUGGCAUACAACCCCAGAAACGAGAAGUACGACCAUUCUUUUGGCUCUUCCGUGCAGAUCGCCGGCUGGGUGGACAAGUGUGUGCCCGGAGAACCCAAGGGAGGCUACUGGGGCUACACUGCAGAUGUCGUGUCAGAUGAGCGCGAGGAAUUCUGGACCGCAGAUUUGGAAGCGAUGGCCAACAUGGGCGCCAACACGAUCCGCUUGUACAACUUGGAUCCGCGCUUGAGCCACGCAAAGUUCAUGAAGAAAGCAGCUUCCCUGGGCAUCUACGCGAUCGUGCCCUUGACGGGAAAGGACUACGGCUUCCUCCCAGCCUUCCCGGCUCCCGAGUGCUACACCAAGGAUGCGUGGGGAGUGCUGGACCUGGAAGAAUACGGCAACGUGGGCGUCAACCUGCUCGGCUUUGCCAAAACUCUGAUGAAAGAGUCGGUUUGCAAUUUCUCGGUUCAGAUUUCGGAUGACCAGGGAGGCUUUCGCCAGACGUUCAGCCAGUACAACAAUACGUUGAUGUUCACAGCGGCCAACGAGCUGGCACAGCUGGACAAGUCCGGGAAUGGCUACUCGGCCUUCCCCUGUGUCAAAGCCUUCGUGCGAGAUCUUCACAACUACCAGGCGGGAGGCUGUCCUGCAGGCCGCAAGGUGCCGCUGAUCUACUCCGAUGUCGACACCGGUGGCGGCAUUGCUCGUAAGGAAACGUAUCCAGGUGACGGAAAGGCCGACAACUUCCAGUAUUCACCAUACAAGGAUAUCAAGCAGGACGAGGGCGGGUGCAGAUGUGCGGAGUGUUCGAAAGAGUUGUUGGUGCCCUUGAUGGGCCGCAUGUCGUUUCAGAGCGCGCCAAAGAGUGACGAUAGGGUUCAACAUUAA